UAAUAUUUCAGAUUGUGAAACGACACCGUUUAAAUGGUGAAUGGUGAAAUUCUCUGGACCGUUUCAUCCUCAAACUGAAAAACAGCUUGUGCUUGGCUCAAACUGAUCUUCUUCUUCUACUCGUUAUUCUUCCCCAAAAUUAGAGGUUUAGGGUUUUCGAUAAUCAGACCAGUGACGUAUAUUAUAUACGCUACCUGUUUGCAAAUAUUUAAUCAAUGGCAACCGAAAUGGUUGUCCAAACGGACAGAGUCCAGAAGUUCUUCGACGACCUCGAAGCCCAAAAGAACAUCCUUUCCACCUGCACCAAGCUAUUCACUACUCUAUCCGACCAUUUCAAUUCCCUCCAGCAAUCCCUUUCCCAGAAAUCCCAAUCACUCGAUUCCAAAAUCCAAGCCUUGGAAUCCAAUUCGCGCCAGACCCUCGAGUCCCUCGAGCACCGCGAGAAUUCCAUUCCCGAGCGCGAGUCCGCCGCAGCCACCCGCAUUGAGGAGCAGAAGGGUGCCGCUUUAGCCGAGUUCGGGAAACAAUCCGGGAAUUCGGAACUGUCGGAGGCUCUGAAAUCGUUCUCCAGGAGAAUGGAUUCCUCGGGAUUGUUGAAGUUCAUCGUUUCGAAGCGGAAGGAGUCGGUUUCGCUGAGAGCAGAGAUCGUGCAGGCUUUAGCGGAAGCGGUGGACCCGCCGAGAUUGGUUUUGGAUUCACUGGAGGAGUUUGUGAAUUGCAAAUCGACCAAAGUUGGGGUGACUGAUAAACGCUGGGCAUGUGGAAUGCUGGUUCAGGCACUGUUUCCGGAAGUCAAUUCGGGCAAGAAAGGUCCUGGAUUUGCAAGAAGCGUCGUGGAGAGAGCGUUUGGGAUAUUGGAGAGGUGGAAGGAACAGAUGGAUGGUGAAUCAGAAGGGUUUACAUUGGGUGCUGCAGAAGCUGUGAUGUUUGUGCAGAUGGUGGUGGGUUUCCAGCUGAAUGCUCGUUUCGAUAAGGACUUGUUGAUAAAGUUGAUGGUAGAGCAUGCUUCCAGGAGGGAUAUGGCGAAGCUCGCUGCCACUUUGGAAGAUAAAGAGAAAAUGGGAGAUAUUGUAGAUGAGUUGGUGAAGAGUGGCAAAGAGAUAGAGGCUAUCUAUUUUGCUUCUGAGUCUGGUUUGACUGAAAGAUUCCCUCCUAUUUCUCUAUUAAAGUCCUAUCUCCGGAAGUCCAAAAAGAAUGCUACAACUAUAUUAAAGAAUGGCAAUAACAGUUUGGCUGCUACGGAGGAAUCGAGCAAUGUGGAGUUGAAUUCUAUCAGAGCAAUCAUUAAAUGUGUUGAAGACCACAAGCUUGAAUCAGAAUUUUCCCUUGAUAGCUUGAGGAAGCGAGCUACUCAUUUGGAGAAGGCAAAGGCAGAAAGGAAGAAGACUUCACAAGCUGCUAAUAGGCCUCAAAACAAGAGAGCCUAUGGUGCUAGUGGCAGUCGAGGAGGAGGAGGUGGACCAUCAUCUUUCCGCCCAACCAAAGCUGCUAGAUAUUCCAAUGCUUACCCGUCCUAUGGCCGAAGGAACCCAAAUCCUCCUGCACAGCAUAGCCCUGCUACAAGAUAUUCUGGACCAUACAAUUUCCCUGGGCAAAGUGUUUAUGAUGCUCCAACACCAGCUCCAUAUGCAUCAACAUAUGGUGUCCCACACGCACAAAGCCCUGCUGCAAUUCCUCAACAACCCUAUGCCCUUCCAGGGGACAACAUGACUAAUGCUGCAUUUCGUGCCGGUAAUUCUUAUGGUGGCCAAACCAGCUAUGGGCCAUACGAUUAUCCCAAUUCUGCUCCACCUUCUUACCAACCAUCUCCUUACCCUCAAUAAGUAGAAGCUAAAUUAACUAGACUUGAGUAUUUGUUUUUUUUCAGUCUUCAGAUGAGGGGACGUUGCCCAAGAGUGCCCAUUCAUAUGAGUUUAUAUAUAUAUAUAUAUAUAUAUAUUUGAUCUUCCUCUUCCUCUCUCUCCUUGGCUGUUGAAGUGGAAGAAAAUCAAGGUGUCUUUUUUAUACUUUAUUCAUAUAGAGAAUUGAAUAUUUUGGUUUCA